ACUUCAAAUGUUUCUUUCAGGCUCUCUCUCCCCCUCGACACUCAACUCCCUUUCUCCAAUUCAUUGGCUUUAAGAUUAUCUCACUUGCAUAAAUUACAGGCAUCAGCUUAAGACAUGGGCGACUCUGGUAUAAAGUCUACAACAGAGAACCUGCUUAUACUGCGGGGAAAUGUCUGGCCAGACGCGUGGCUCGAUGGGCUACGCGGAGCAUUUCCAGGUCUCAAAAUAACAGCUCUCGAGGUGGAUGGCUCGAAACCAUUGGAAGAAACAGUUCCAAAAGAUGUACUUGCAAAUGCAAGCAUCAUUGCCCUCCUAACAAGGCAUCUUCCUCUUCCUGACAGCAUUCCCAAUGUGAAAUUGAUCCACACUUUCUCAGCCGGAGCAGACCACGUCUCCAAUGAGCCUUACAUCACCCAGACUGAUCUUCCUUUCACUACCAGCUCUGGCAUUCACGGUCCUCCCAUCAGCGAAUGGGUCUUGCUCAAUUGGCUCGUAUCCUCAAAGCAUUACAACAAACUCUACGAAGCGCAGAAGAGCCAUGAAUGGAUCAGUAAGGACUUUUUCGGGUUCGGAGUGAGCGAUCACGUUGGAAAGAGAGUCGGUAUUCUAGGUUAUGGGAGCAUUGGACGACAAAUUGGCCGAAUUGCGGUCGCUCUGGGCAUGCAGGUCAUUGCAUACACCGCCUCGGCUCAUGAUACCCCGGAAUCGAGGAAAGAUAAUGGGUAUAUAGUUCCUGGCACUGGAGACCCCGACGGCUCUCUACCGAUUGAAUGGCACCACGGAACUACCAAAGAGGAACUUCGCCACUUCUUGUCUACUACAAAGCUCGACUACAUCGUCAUUUCGCUACCCCUGACCCCGGCGACAACCAACCUCUUCGACCGCGAAGAAUUCGACGCCUGGUCAUCAUCUUUGUCAUCGCAGGCAACAGGAGCAAGUCCCACAAAGGGGUUCUUAACAAAUAUCUCCCGAGGCAAAAUAGUCAACACGGAUGCUCUUAUUCACGCCGUACAGGCUAAGAAAAUCCGAGGCGCGGCGCUGGAUGUUACAGACCCAGAACCCCUCCCCAAGGAGCAUCCACUAUGGGAUAUUGAAGGGAUCCAAAUAAGCCCGCAUAUAAGUGGAAUUGGUUCCGAGUACUAUGUCAGGGCGCUGGAUUUGUUGGGAAUAAAUAUUGAGCGGUUGGAAAAUGGCGAGCCGUUGAUCAACCUCUAUCGGCGGAAACGGGGAUAUUGAGUGAUUAUAUGCAGGAUUUAACAACGAUAGAUAUGUAUAUAUGAUUUACUAGAUAGCACUAGGGUGAAUAUAUGUAUAGACGGACUGCGUCAUUCUUGCCGCCGUCUGACGUAUUUGUGCACCUACAGCAUGUAUACAUCCUACACCUGACGCGAUAUCACAGAAAUACAAAUUUGAAGGGGAGAUACCAAACUACGAAAGUAAUAUAAACUGCAAUUUGAAACCAAG